ACCUUACACUUGCACCCCCUAUUUUUCUUCAAUCAUUUCAUUCUCAUCCUAUUUUCUUCUCUCACCGCCUCUCUCUCUCUCUCUCUCUCUCUCUCUACGCUGCAACACGCAAUUCCUCCGCCAUCUGCCGCCGUUCUUCGCCCUACCUCAUGACCUCUACCCUCUCUGCCUCCUCCGCUUGGCCCGAAAGCCCUUUCGUUCCCCCUCCUAUGUCGGAAAAUCCUCCUGAUUCCGAUGAUCGUUCCUCUCUCUCUGACCUCUCCGAUAUCUCAGCUGCCGUAACUGAUGCCGUUGAUGAUGAUGAACGUCGCUCUCAAACCUCGGUUACCUCUCCCACUAAUACAGCCGCCACUAGCGUACAGAACGUGAACCCUAGCCCUAAUUCUAUUUCUCUUCCCGUUGAUUCCUCUACUCCGAAUGUCCUCUACCUAUCCUUCAACCAGGAUUACGGAUGCUUCGCGGCAGGCACCGAUCGAGGGUUCCGGAUCUACAACUGUGAUCCGCUCCGUGAGAUUUUCCGCCGCGAUUUUACCGGCAAUUCUAAUGGUGGAGGUGGAAUUGGUGUUGUUCAGAUGCUUUUUCGGUGCAAUAUUUUGGCGUUGGUUGGUGGAGGUCCGGAACCUCAAUAUCCCUUGAAUAAGGUGAUGAUAUGGGAUGAUCAUCAAUCUAGGUGCAUCGGCGAGCUAUCGUUUCGAUCUGAGGUGAAAUCUGUGAGGCUGAGAAGGGAUAGAAUUGUGGUUGUUUUGGCCCAGAAGAUAUUUGUUUACAACUUUUCGGAUUUGAAACUGUUACAUCAGAUUGAGACAGUGGCGAACCCCAAGGGUUUGUGUGAAGUGUCACAGGUAUCGGGAUCAAUGGUUCUGGUUUGUCCGGGUCUUCAGAAGGGUCAGGUGAGAGUGGAACAUUAUGCUUCUAAGAGGACCAAGUUUAUAAUGGCACAUGACUCGAGGAUUGUGUGUUUUGCGCUUACAAAUGAUGGGAGGUUGUUGGCUACUUCUAGCAGUAAAGGGACUCUUGUCAGAAUAUAUAAUACUUUAGAUGGAUCUUUGGUCCAAGAGGUCAGAAGAGGCGCAGAUAGAGCAGAAAUUUAUAGCCUUGCUUUUUCUCCAACUGCACAAUGGCUAGCUGUUUCCAGUGAUAAAGGAACUGUCCAUGUGUUCAAUCUAAAGGUUGAUUCAGCAGCUUUAGGAGUUGAUAGACCAAGAGGGGCAUCUGAGUCAAAUGCUACAUCUCCAUCAGCUGGGUCUCAUCUCUCCUUCAUAAGAGGUGUGCUACCGAAGUAUUUCAGCUCUGAGUGGUCUGUGGCUCAGUUCCGCUUGCAAGAAGGUCUGCAGCACAUUGUGGCCUUCGGUCACCAAAAGAAUACGGUUGUGAUUCUUGGCAUGGAUGGCAGUUUCUACCGAUGCCAGUAUGAUGCAGCAACUGGUGGGGAGAUGACCCUGUUGGAACAUCAUAGUUUCUUGAAGUCCGAGGAGAACUUCUAACUUGGGAAGCUAGCUGGGUGCAUGCUACCCUACUUCUUGUGUGGCUUUUGUUUUUAUUGUAUCUAUUUAUAAUUUCGCAGGUGGACAUGGUAGUGACUGUAAAUAUGCAGACAUAAUCCAAAAAAAAAAAUGUACAUAUAUAAAAGAUGAGAACAGGUCGGCUUUUGUAACAACCCAAGUUACUGUUGUGUCAUCGUAGAACUGAAGUAUUGUUAUGUGCAUGUUUGUCAUCGUA